AUGUCUUUUGAUCAGAUAUGGGAUGAGAUCAAGAAGAACGCAGAGGGUGACAAUGACCUGCCUAGGAUUUACAUAGUCGACGUCAACGCUUACUACAUCAUCGACACAUUCGGUGAGCGACUCUUUGAGGGUUGCAACCAAGCAUACAUUUUGAGGUUUGAUGACUCGGCUUUGAUGCGCGGGAAGGUAGAGAAAGAAGGGGUCAGUUCCGAUCAGGCAAGUGAGGACGAAAUUUGCAGUGGCAAAGAGUGUUGCAGAGAGUUCAUGAAGAGAUUUCUAGCUGCUAUACCACUUAGGGAACUUGAAUCGGAAGAGAAGAAGGAACCAGUUUCUUACUUCGCUCUCCACCAGCGAUUACAGAUAGAAUUCAACUUCACCACUUCAUUAUCGUUAUCAUCAUCUUCAUCAGCUUCAUCUACCAAUUCAACUUCUUAUCUCUUCUCAAAUGAGAGUACAAACAAAAUGGAAUAUACAACUAUAGGAUUUGAAAAAAAAAAUUAG